AUGAGGAUAAAUACAAAGAUAGGUAAAGAAGUCACAGCAAACAACGACAGAAUAGAAGAAGGAGACAAUUUUACAUACCUUGGCAGUAAGAUCACAGCCAAUGGAGAUUCAACCAUGAACGUAGAUAAUAGAAUUUCAAAAGCCCGUGCCAUCUUUGCCAACCUACGGAACAUCUGGAAAUCCUCAAUUAUCAGAUCCAAAACCAAACUAAGGAUAUUUAAAACAAAUGUCAUCGGAGUCCUUCUCUAUGGAUCUGAGUCAUGGAAGGUGACAAAGAACAUCUCGCAAAAACUGGAUACCUUUCAAACUAGAUGUCUCCGUAGAAUACUGAAGAUAUUCUGGCCAAACAAGAUCACCAACGAGGAGCUGUAUGAAAGAACAUGCACAGCUGCUAUAUCUGACCAGAUUAAAGAAAGACGCUGGAAAUGGAUUGGCCAUGUGAUGAGGAUGAAACCAUCAGAGAUACCAAGGGUAGCCCUAAGAUGGACUCCACCAGGAAAGAGAAACAGAGGGCGACCAAAGGAGACAUGGCGACGGUCGGUUGAAAAGGAAAUGAACGAUCAAGGGUGGACUUGGGGCACUGUACAGACAAUGGCAGCAGACAGACAGAGAUGGAGGUCCUCGGUGCAGGCCUUAUGUGCUCCAAGCACGAAGAGGACUAAGUAA